CACCCCAACAACUGAAUAAACUUGAAAAGCAGAUAUUCCCAACUGUGUCUUCAAGCUUUUUGCUUGCGAAAGACCAGAACUUCGAAUAAAACUUUAUAUACAAAGUUGAAAAAAGAAUGGCUAAUUCCCUUUGUUUCACUCCUGUCUGCCCCUUCAAAUCUGCAAACAAACCAGGGAUAAUUAUUGACAACUCAGUUGCGCGAAAGGUUAUCCGGGUGACUGAAGUGUUUCAGAACUCAAGAACUGCCAAACUCCAAUCUUUUAAUUUGAAGGCAACAGAUAGUAAUCCAAGCACCAAAUCAAACAGCAUUGUCUGUGCUGACUGUGAUGGGAAUGGUGCAGUAGCAUGUAGCCAGUGCAAAGGAACAGGUGUUAAUUCUGUAGAUCACUUCAAUGGACAGUUUAAAGCUGGUGGAUUAUGUUGGCUUUGCAGAGGGAAAAGGGAUAUUUUAUGUGGAUCCUGCAAUGGAGCUGGGUUCGCUGGUGGUUUCAUGAGCACAUUUGACGAUUAAACAGCCACAGAUAAUUAGAUCUUUCUUUGUUGUUUGCUAAAGUUUUGGCUUAAUCACCAAAAUGUUGCUGGUAAACUUGAGAUUCUGUUGAAUCGGAAGGAAAAACAAAAUGUAAUCAUAUUCGUGUUCGGUCAGAGUUAAAACUACGACUUUUCGCUUUUGAAACAGACGCACUGUCCACUGAUCUACAGGUCUACCUAAUUAGUUUUGUAAUAAUAUGUUCUCUAUUUUAUGAAA